CUUCCGGGGACCCCGCGUAGGGCGCUGCUUCUGCGGCUGGAAGAAGCGAGCCAAGGCGCGUGCGGUGCGGGGAGGCUUCCCCGGAGGGAAACAAAAGCCCUUUCUCCCGAUUCACCAGAAAACACUGACCACCAUCACCACCAUGAGGAGGUGCCUAUAGUCUCAGGAACUGAAGCCUUUCAACAAUCCGAGACCCUGUGCCUCUAGAAUAAGAGCGUACAAGAAGCCCUUGUGUGAGGCCUGGAGGAUAAUCCUGCUUGGGUGGUCCCUCCUCCCAGCUUCUGUCUUCACGAACAGCCCCUCCAGACUCCUGUCAGCUCACCAGCUCACCUGGCUCUCCUGCUCACCUGUCCUGGCACUUGACCCCUAGAGGUCUGCUUCAGAGACAAAGAUGUAGCUAUUCCAUAAGAAAGCAGGUCUGCAUGUUAUCUCUGUUGUAUGAUGCCAAGUCCAGGAACAUGGGAGAUCAUCUUGACCUUCUCUUAGGAGUGGUGCUCAUGGCCAGUCCUGUGCUUAGAAUUUCUUCCUGCUCCUUCGAUGGUCAGAUGGCCUUAUAUCGUUUCUGCAACCUCACCCAGGUCCCCCAGGUCCCCAAUACCACCAAGAGCCUCCUGCUAAGCUACAACUACAUCAGGACAGUCACAACCACAUCCUUCCCUGUCCUGGAGCAGCUGCAGCUGCUGGAGCUCGGGACUCAGUUCACCCCUUUGACCAUUGACAAAGAAGCCUUCAGAAACCUGCCCAAUCUUAGAAUCUUGGACCUGGGCCAAAAUCAGGUAGACUUCUUGCAUCCAGAUGCUUUUCAAGGACUGCCCCAUCUCUCUGAACUUAGACUGUUUUAUUGUGGUCUCUCCGAUGCUGUAUUAAAAGAUGGUUAUUUCAGAAAUUUAGAGUCUUUAACUCGCUUGGACCUAUCUAAAAACCGGAUUCAGAGUCUUCACCUUCAUCCUUCAUUCUGGGAAUUGAAUUCUUUGAAGUCCAUUGAUUUUUCCCUCAACCAGAUACCAGUUGUAUGUGAGCAUGGGCUCAAACCCCUCCAAGGAAAAACACUCUCCUUUUUAAGCCUUGCUGAUAAUAACCUGUACAACAGGGUCUCAGUGGACUGGGAAAAGUGUAUGAACCCAUUCAGAAACAUGGUCCUGGAAACCCUCGAUGUUUCUGGCAAUGGCUGGACAGUGGACAUCACAAGAAACUUCAGCCAUGCCAUCAAUGGAAGCCAGGUUUUCUCUUUGGUUCUUGCUCACCACAUUAUGGGUUCUCACUUUGGCUUCCAUAACAUCAAAGAACCUGACCGAAACACAUUUGCUGGCCUGGCCAGGAGCUCGGUGAUACAUCUGGACCUUUCACACGGGUUUAUCUUCUCCCUGAACUUCCGACUCUUUGAGAUGCUCAAGGAGUUGAAGGUUCUGAACCUUGCCUACAACAAAAUAAACAAGAUUGCAGAUGAAGCAUUUUAUGGACUCGACAACCUCCAAGUUCUCAAUAUGUCACAUAACCUGCUGGGGGAACUUUAUAAUUCUAAUUUUGAUGGAUUACCUGAGGUUGCCUAUAUUGACCUGCAAAAGAAUCACAUCGGGAUCAUUGAGGACCAGACAUUCAGAUUCCUGGAAAAAUUAAAUACCUUGGAUCUCCGGGAUAAUGCUCUUACAACAAUUUAUUUUAUUCCCAGCAUACCUACUGUCUUCCUGGGUGGCAAUAAGCUGGUGACUUUGCCAAACAUCACACUUACAGCCAACUUCAUCCACUUAUCAGAGAACAGGCUGGAAAAUCUGGAUGAUCUCUACUUCCUUCUCCAGGUCCCUCAUCUCCAAUUUCUCAUUUUAAAUCAAAAUCGCCUUUCCUCUUGUAACCAAAGGCAUGCCCCGGCAGAGAAUCCCAGCUUAAAACAGCUUUUCCUUGGAGAAAACAUGCUGCAACUUGCCUGGGAAACCGGGUUCUGUUGGGAUGUUUUUAAGGGGCUUUCCCAACUCAAAAUCCUGUAUUUGAAUAACAACUACUUGAAUUUCCUCCCACCAGGAGUCUUUUACCAUCUAACUGCACUGAGGGGACUCAGCCUCAGCUCCAACAGGCUGACAGUUCUAUUCCCUGGUGACUUACCUGCUACUUUGGAGAUCCUGGAUAUAUCCAGAAACCAGCUCCUAUCUCCUGAUCCUGAUUUAUUUGCAUCACUCAGUUUUGUGGAUCUAACUCAUAACAAGUUCAUCUGUGAGUGUGAACUUAGCACUUUUAUCAAUUGGCUCAAUCAAACCAAUGUCACGAUAUUUGGGUCUCCUGAAGACAUAUACUGUGUGUACCCGAGUUCGUACGCUGGGACUUCCCUCUACUCUGUUUCCACGGAAGGUUGUGAUGAAGAGGAAGUUUUAAAGUCCCUCAGGUUUUCCCUUUUCAUCUUAUUCACUGUCACUUUGACUCUGUUCCUCAUGACCAUGCUUGUAGUCACGAAGUUCCGAGGGUUUUGUUUCCUCUGUUAUAAGAAAGCCCAGAGACUGGUGUUCAAAGACCCCGCCAAGGAAAGAGAAUCAGACACGUAUAAGUACGAUGCUUACUUGUGCUUCAGUAGCAAAGACUUUGAAUGGGUGCAGAAUACUUUGCUCAAACACCUGGACGCUCAGUAUAGCGACCAAAACAGAUUUAACCUGUGCUUUGAAGAAAGAGACUUUGUGCCAGGGGAGAACCACAUCGCCAACAUCCAAGAUGCCGUGUGGAGCAGCAGAAAGAUUGUCUGUCUUGUGAGCAGACACUUCCUUAGAGAUGGGUGGUGCCUCGAAGCCUUCAGCUACGCCCAGAGCAGGUGCUUAGCUGACCUCAAUGGCGCCCUCAUCAUGGUGGUGGUCGGGUCCCUGUCCCAGUACCAGCUGAUGAAGCAUCAGUCCAUCAGAGGAUUUGUACAGAAACGGCAGUACUUGAGGUGGCCUGAGGAUCUUCAGGAUGUUGGCUGGUUUCUUAACAAACUCUCUCAACACAUUCUAAAGAAAGGAAAGGAAAAGAAGAAAGACAAUGACAUUCAGUUGCAAAGUACAACCACCAUCUCCUAGUCAAAGGAACAGUUUAACACUUAACUCAAGCCACAGAUAACUCUUCACCUUGUAUUUCCACUAAGUUACCAUGAGGGGGGUCCUCUGGGGACUUGUUGCUUUCCUACUAUGAAGACAACAUAAAUCUCUUGAUUUUCACAGGAACAUGACAUUUUGUCUCACCAACCUCUGCAUGGAAAGGAAUAGAUCUAGAAAAUUGCAGCCACCCCCAGAGCAUCCCAACUCUCCACUGAUUUCCUUUCAGACCCAAUAACACUGUUCCCUCCUGUUGCACUGACUGUGGGGUAAAUCCUUGUCAUGGGAAGGGCGCCUCAAGUGAAGUUACAGAUGGCCAACACCCAGGUGUCUCCAGCGUUCAGUUCCUGAAGGAGCUGGCUGAUGACCUGGAACUCUGAGCCCUGCAGAACAACACUAAGUAGAAAACAAAUGGAAAAAGAGGCGUGCUUCCUGCUUCUGCCGUGGGAACAGUGCCACUGCUCAGUCUCAGGGAUGAGGGGGGCCACGGAGAGUCUGACAGGAGAAUGAUUAGGUUUCUUGUGGCCAUUCCGCUCCUCUUCUUACCUUCUGGGUCUAGUGGGCAGUGAAUGUUCUUUUUUGCUUGCAAUCUUUAUUUCCACCUGGCAUAAGAGAACUUCCAUGAUUUAGCAGCAACCUUUUCCAGCUGUAUUCCCCACCCUCGCCCCACCACACCCCAUUUAUCAGCCACACAACCUGUUACAGAAAGAUCUUGGAUUUGGGACCCAGAUCCUUGUGUGAGUUCUGAUUCUGCUGCUCAUGAGCUGUGUGACCUCGAGCACGUUACACACCAUUGCUGGUCUGCUUUCUUAUCUAUAGGUGUCAUCAUAUCUACCUCAUAGAGUUGCCAUGAGAGUGAAAUUGGCCAAGGAUAUCGGGGCAUCUCAGAUCUCAUCCUGAGCUGCUCUAAUGGUCAUGGAAGGAUGCUCACACCAGGGGACCUUCUGGAGGCAGUCAUAAUUUCUUAGAAGCUGUAUUUUUUUUAUCUUAAAAGAAAUUUAUAUGUAUUUUGCAUUGUUUCCUGUUUAUUUCAAUAUAGAAAUAUUUUUGCAAAAGCAUUAAGGAAAUCUAAACCAAGGAAGGUGCCCAAGUUACCCCAUGGCUUCCCAUACAGACGCCUCCAAAUCCAACCCAGCCGGGGACUCAGCACUUCACAUGUCACACUGUUCCCCUCACUGUCCUCCCUGCAUCCUAACUUCUACAACACAGACAGACAGACAGACACACACACACACACACACACACACACACAGGCUGUUGUCAUCCCAGCUUCGUGGGGCCCCUCUGACUCCUGAGACUGAGCUUGCCCUGCUCCCAUUGUUCUUUGUUCCUUGAAACACCCAUUAGCAUUGUUCUUUGGCACAGCCACAUCCCCUCCCCCAGCUCUGCUGCUUCCUUCUGGGAUAUUCUCCCAUCCCUGCAAUCCAUCCUACCUGUUCUUCAAAAUCCAGCCCACCAAACCUCCUUGGGAUGCCCCCAGCCCAGAUCCUCUCUCCUUUUUGUGCAAACGCUUGCACUUUAUCUGUCCUUUUAAAACAAACUCUUCUUGUUUCCUGCCUCCUUUGAGAAUCGGGAGCCUGCCUGGCCCCCCACCCCCUCUAGACUAUAAGCUCCAUAAGGAAAGAUCUGUAACAGAUCCCAUACCGUUUCCAGACCACACAAGGCUUUCCCACCUAUACUUUUCCAUGCUUCUUCCUCCCUCUGGAAUUCCUUCUCCCCACCCUCCUCCGUCUGCCCAGUGAAUUUCCUAGCACCACCACCCGUGCCUUAUGACCUGACUGAUAUACAACAUUGUGUUGGCCAAUGUGUGUGCGGGUGUGCAGAGGCACCCUAGGCUGUGAGCCCCUGAUGGCAGGGACUGAGUCUUGUCAUCUUUGUAUCCUAAGCCCAGUACGCUGCCUGGCCUGUAGUGUGUGCUUAAUAAAUGCCUGGUGAAUGGAUGAAGCACAGUGCAGAACCCUGCCUCCCCAGUGUCUAAGCUGCUGCUAUUAGGUGCUUCUGGGAUGGGCAGGGCAGGACCAGGAGAGCGGGACAUCCACACAGGUGCUGCAAGGGUAGGAGACCACAGGCUCUAAGAAACCUGCUGAACUUUGUCUCAAAUGACAGGGCAUGGGUGGAGCUCCUAGACUAGUAGCCAGGAGUUGGGCUAGGAUGGAGGGAUGGUGGGAAAGGGAAACAGGGUCAAGAAGCUCCUUGUGAACCUCAUACUAAGAAAUCCACAAGGGAACGGUAUAGCUCAAGUGGUAAAGCACAUGCUCAGCACCCAAGUGGUCCUGGGUUCAAUCCCCAGUACCUCCUCCAAGCGGAAACCAAGGAAGAAAUCUAAUUACCUCCACUCAUAAAACAAACAACACAAGCCAAGAAAUCCAGCAAGACAAAAAGCAGCAACAAAGUAUUGCUGCCAGUAACAGUGAUAACCACAGAUCCAGAAGACGGCAGUACGGUCACUUCGUCUCAGCGCAAUCUCUCCUGCCUGACCUGCUCGCCAGCCAUGGCUCUCCGGGGGCCUGGGCAGCUCAGACACGGAUGCAGUCUCCCGAGCAGAACCUCCUGUAAGAACAUGACUCCUGAAGGAGGAGCUGGGGGGUUGGAGAGGAGGUAGUGCUACACUCGGCACCCCUCUUGCUUUGGGUGACCUUCCCCGUGACUCUCUUUUCCAACCAAACCUGGGACGUGUGAAAUGACAGGUGCACGUGUAUUUAUAAGAACGAUAAGUCAGAACACAGAUCACGUUUGACAUCUGAGAGGAGUCUGUCCUGCAGCCUUUUGGAAUCCUACUAUUUAAACACACAAAUGGCAUAAUCUUCCUACUGAAACUCAUUGAAAAAGUUACCUUUGGACAUUUCCAUACAGACUUUAUUCAGGACCAGUUCAUGGCCUACCUCUCAGCCACCACAGAAUUCAACACUCCUCUCUAAUUUAUUACAAAACUUCUCUUUUCUGGCAAAGACCCAAAAGUUUCUUAAAUUCUCUUCGUUCGUCUUCCCUUCCAUCACUAAUCUCAGCAGUUGGAAUGGUUUUUGAGGCUAUUUUGCCAAGUCCCACUUCACAAGAGUUGUGGCGUCUCUGACACAAGAUGAGAGCAGCAGCGCCGUGUUGAGACGUGGGUACCGGGUGGUCCACACAACUCAGAGUCAGGCCUCGGUAGACUGAUAAAUUCCAUACAGCAUCGCCCUUUGGGGUCACUCCUAAAUAGGAGGAACUCCUCCAAUUCAGUUUAAGAACAGCAAGUGUUUGCUGUCUUUGAAAUUGAGGCUGUUUGGGAAAUUUUACAAUAUUGGUUGGGGCUGCUGAAAACUUCAAAGAGAAUACCACUCAUAAUCUCAAGUACAGCUGGCCCUGAAAAUGUCUUGCAGUGAAUAUCAUUUAGAUAGUCUCAAUAUAAUGUAAAGGAAAUGUGGUUGAGAGUUGGAAAUUACAAAAUAACUAUGUCAGAGAAGAGAAGAAUGUGGGUACAAGUGUAAGAUAGAUAAAUUCUCAUCUACCACAAUUGAAAAUGUCUCGAAUGUUAAAUCAAGAAAGAGCAUUCUGAGUCUGUAUUUGGAGAUAUGGAAAUGCCAGAGGGAAGAUCUAGACAAUUAAUGGUGAUUGCCUGAGGGAGUUCUGCCCAAUUCUUCCAUCAGGAACAUCUAACAAGGUAAAGAAACUAUUUUUAAGUCUAUUUGGAGGUACUGGGGAACUAUAAGGCAGUAAGUAGAGCUAAGAUACAAGAGAAGGACUUGGAACAACUGAAAUCAAGAAGGAGGACCACAUUUAAAUUAAGACCCACCCAUCCAAAGGCCAUCAGUGAGCAAAUAGGCCAACGACAGUAUGGAAGAAUAAGACAUGCAUCUAUAAGUGACCCAUAGCCAACAUAGGAAAGCCCCCCGACAAACCAAGAAGAAAAAGACAACACAGAAGAAAAAUUGACAAAAGGCUUAAGAAUUUCACGAAAGGAUAUCCAGUGGCCAAAAGCAAAUGAAAAGAUAUUCAACCUCCUUUAGUUAUCCGGGAAAUGCAAAUUAAAACCACAUCACGAUACCACUACACACCCUCCAGGAUGGCUAAAGUUAAGAAGACGGACAGUAUCAAGUAUUGGCAAGGAUGUGGAGCGGUUGAAACUCUCCUGCAUUAUUGGUGAGAAUGUAAAUUGGUAUACUUUCAAAAACAGUCCAUCAGUAUCUACCAAAGUUGAACCCACAUGUGACCUGUGACACCAUGACUCUACUCAUUGGUAGAAACCCACACACACAUGCACCAGAAGGCAAAAAUGUUACGGCAGCAUUAUUUGCAGUAGCCGCCAUUGGAAACAACCCACAUGUCCACCAACCAUAAAAGGGAUAAAUAAAUUGUGGUUAUUGAAAAACACAGAAACAGCCAUUACCCGACUGCAGCCACAUGCAACAGUAUGCGUGAAUCUCACAAAAAUGUUAAGUCAGAGAAGCGAGGCAUGACUGCAUUACGUGGUUCCAUUUUUAACAAUUUUCAAGGAGGCAAACUCACAUAUGAGGCUAAUGGUUACCUUUGGGGAUGAGGGCGGGGAACGUUGGAGGGGGGCUUCCAAAAGCUGGUCAUGUUCUGUUUCUUGAUCCAAGUGAUGAUGUGUGUGUGUCCACUUUGUGACAAGACAUUUCAUUGUAGCAAUUAAUUUGUUCACUUUUCUGUAUAGUAUUAUUCUUCGGUUUAAAAAAAAAAAACAAAUACCUUAUCUUUGUUAAGAUCGACCUCUGGUCUCGGUGUGUUUCCCUGCCCAGCCCCAACCAAAGGAAAAACACAAGUGAUUGGCUGGGGGGCUUAGGGAGACUGAGGGAGGCGGGGGUGGGACAGGCCACAGCCAACUUUCAUUUUGAGCCUCUGGUAUUAUUUAAUGUUCAACCCUGUGCAGGCAUUUCAUUAAGAAUACUUUAAUAUAGACAGACUAUUUAGCCAGUAUUUACAUAGAUAAAAUGGAGACACUAACUUCUGUCCUUGACAGAAGACAAAGAAAAUAGAAUUAGCUAGAAUUUAAAAAUUAAACCAACAAAAGAACCAGCAAAGAAAAACAACAUUCUUUCAACAGGUGACCAUACAUGUGAAUGAUACAUAGGAUGUUUUGCUCAAUUUUAUUUUUUUUAAGAUUAAAGAAAUGCUUCCUCUGUUUUACUAGCCAUCAAACAUCUGAUGUCUCCAUGACCCCAAUAACUUCCAUUUAGAUAGACCUGUCUUAAACAUCUUUAUUUUCCAGACAGUUCUAUGGCAGGAACUCGCUCAGGCUGUGGUCCUCUCAGGCCCCACAGGUCUGGGCGAGUGUGACAAGGAAGCGUUAUUCCUGAAACUGGGGGCCCUGCUCCCGCAGGCUGGAAACAGUGUUUCUUUUCCCAGCGCAGGCAGGUCACCUCUGCAGGCCCCUGUUUUCCUGUCUCCUCUGCGGGAAUGUUGUCUCUCUGAGACGUGAUAAAAUCAAUGACAUCAUGUCUCAUCGGGCCCCAGCCGCCUCAGGAAGCAGGUGCUUUGGUGUGGUGGAGCCUGGGGCAUUUUUCUGCGGAGCUGACCUGGGUUUGCCGCUCAAGCAGCUCUCAGGACCUAACACUUGAGGCCGCUUUCAUGGUUUUUCCAAUGACCUUGGCCAUGAAUGGGUCCCCAGCUCUUUCCCCAGCUGCAGCUGUGUUGUAGGGCCAGCAUCUUCCAGGCCUGCAGGUCGUGCCAAGCCUGGAGGGAUUUGCAAAAAUAAGUAACCAGUGUUUCUGUGCUCCAGAAAACACUGUGAAAACAAGAAAGCCCUUUUGGAGAGGAGACCAGGAGUCACCACUGGUGCUUCCUGGGAGGACCUUCAGGCUUAGCGUCCAACAAAGGAGGGAGCACUGGCUGGUGAAGGCACCGCCUCUAGCUGGACUCAGUCUGCAGCCUCAAGUGAGCCUGGGGCAGGCGUUCCCCAGCUCGCAUCCACCCCAGACACAGCCAUAGGAAACACUCGGCUUGGAACCCGGAGAUGCCCUGGCUGUGUGUGGUUUCACUGCUUGGAGCUUCAGGAUUUGGUUUGUUGUUGUAAUUUCCACCCCCCCCAGGAUUAAAAAGUAUGUAGAAACUAGUAGCACAGUUCUAGCACAAAAUAAAUGCACAUUAACACCCGGCGGCUGAUGGAGACAGGGCUGUGUCGUGUAAAUCGCCCAUCCAAGUUUCCCUGGUUCCUUGGAUCUGCCUUCAGUUCCUCUGCUCUGUCCCUGGGGUGAAACUGACCUCUUUGGAAGUUUAGGCAAUGCCUUUGGAAAUCUGAGAAGGAAAUCCCUGAGUUGUUUGUUUGUUUGCUUUAAACAUAAAAUGAAAUGGACAGAUCCUAACUAUAUAUACUUCAGUGCCUUUUGACAACUGUCUACACCCAUGUUAUCAAGACCUCAGUCAAGAUACAGAGAACUGACAUCACUCUGGAAAGUGCCCUCUUACUGUUUUUUGGCUAGUACCUGCCCCCGCCCCAACUCAGAUAACCACUGUUGUGACUUCCAUCAGCCUGGAUUGAUUUUUGCCUCUUCCCGAACUUCACCUAAACGGAAUCAUUCAGUCAGUCCUUUGCAUCGGCCUUCUUUUACUUAUGAUCUUUUGAGAUUCUUCACGAGGUCACAUCCAUCAGCGGUUUGCUCUCUUUCACCGCAUUGUGUGGAUUUACCACCAUUUAUUUAUCCCGUCUCCUGUUGAGAUUUGUUGUUUGCAGUUACUUGCUACUACAAAUAAAGCUACCAGGGACCAUUCUUUUA